AUGCAAAGCCUGUCGACCCCCACCCAAACCUGUCUCAUCAGUCGACUUCUACGCGAUUGCGAGUUGGCAAAGGAACUUGAAGGUGCUAGCUCAAACAGAAUCCAAAAUCACCUAUCAUCAUCAUCUCACAAUGUUAUUACCUCACAAUUGAUCACCAGAUCCACACCCCCAAAUCAUCCUACUGGCUCAAAUGUGACUUGCGAUCAACUUGAAACCCCGACUCCUGUUCAAACCGAACAAGCAAAAAGUACUAGUCGUACUAGUCCUACUCAAACAAACCAUUUAGCCAUGAAAGAACAAACUGUUGAAGAGUUGGAUCACGCCUUAUUAGUGGCCAUCAAUAAGACAAAUAUGGUCACACUGACCGAUGAUGAAGAUGGUGUUAUACCAUCUAUUAUUGAACAAGGUAAAGCAAAGCAUCUGGCCAAUGUUAAACCCGCAUCUUCUGCAAGUUCACUACCCCAUCUUGAUAAAAAGCAACCUACGACCAAAGCUCGCAAACGCAAACUCCCAAAAGGAUGGGUUGAAGCUGAUGUACACAUAGAAAACGAUGAAGUAGAGGAGGACACCACUCUCACCAAGAAACGCAAAUGCCGUAAAGAUAACGAUAGUCCAACCAAUCUGCCCCAGGCAACAGCCUCAACUCGACGCAAAACAAAAGCCUCCACAAAUGCCAUGACCUUUCCCAAUAUCGAUAAACAUCCAAAGACAAAGCCCACACACAAACCCAAGUCAAAAAAAGCAUCAACCAUAACCAACAACUUGACUCCGAUCCCUGACAACAUUAUCACGUCUGAAUUCAAGAGGUUGGAAAAAAACAAAUGGCAACGUGACUGGAUUGCAAAUAAUGAUGGCACUUGUGCACAACGGGCAAAGGCUGACAUUAUUGAGCUGGAAAGCGAUGAAGAAGAGGGCAACAAUCAUAUUGAUGAUGAUAAGGCAGAUAGUGAAGCCGUGGCUGAUGAUGAUAAGCCUGAUGAUAACAAUUGA